AUGAAGUUCAUUAGUCCAAGUACCUACUUGAAAAACGCUCCUGACAAAUUGGCAGCAGCCUACGAGUUAUAUCAAAAAGCGGGUGUUGACAAGGUGACGAAGAAUCUCUUUAGGAGCAGUGCGUAUCGCAACUGGUCGAGAUAUUUGAGGGAUGCCUUUCCGAACGAUUUCAAAAGAGUGGCACAGCUAAGAGUGGCGGUACUGGUGGAACACGGACAGGACACACUAAUCAACUCCAUUCUGACUGCUCAAGUUGUCAGACGUAAAUUACCUAUUAACGGCGCCACUGAAGCCGCGCUGAUAGAGUUUCUCGCCAACGCUAAGGGUGUUCAAAAUGAAUUUGCUGUUCGUCUUAACGACGCACUGUUCACAUAUAGUAAAAAUUUGCAGAAAUUAGAUGGAAGCACAAAGGGUCUUUUUCGAGAGAGCUUUAAGGACAUCGGUGAGCGAUUAGAAGGUGAACUCCUGCCUACCAUCAACACGAAGAAUCUGGUUGAUGAUGGUGUUGUUCGUCCAACAUUGUCAUCUAAACGGAAGGGUAGAAGAGAGCACCAUAUCUACUUGAGAGAUGCCUCUGAUAUAUAUCGAGCAGCUGCCAUACUACUAAGGAAAGCCCAAGUUGACAAGGCAAAGGGAGAUCUCUUCACCAGCCCUGAGUUCCAAACUUGGUCAAAACUUAUUGAGGACGCCUUUCCAGAAAAACCAGGACUAGGGGCUCGCAUAAAGGUGAUCGCACUAUCGAAAGUUUUCGGCCGCAAAAGAAUAAUCGACGCCAUUUCGACUGCUCAGGUUGACAAUGGCAAAUUAGCUUUUGAUGAAUACUUUAUAGACAAGAUGUUGGCUGAUGGCGACGAUUUUAAAGACUCGCUGAUUCGACUCAGUAAGAAUUUACAGUUGAGAGGUGGUGACUCAAGAACUAUUGGUGAGCAACUAGAAGGUGAACUGGCUGUUCGACACAUUGGCACUCGGGAACUACAUGACGUCAUCAAUUUACCUAACGUUCAGAAAUGGUACUAUUCUCUGCCUAAAAAGGAGGGGAAAACUCCUGCCAGCGUUUUAUUCCAACAGUUUGAGCGACAAUGGAUCAAAUAUGAUACCAUUGGUGACACGUACCUUACCGCUAAAAACAGUGCCGCUGAAAAAAUGAUGAAAGAAGUAGUAGACUAUGUUCUGGAAAGACGGAUGGAUAAAGCGAUCGUCGGUGACAGCUACAAAUUCGACAGUUGGAUAGAGACCGCAGCAAUUUUGAAGGCUGACCUUACUACGUCUGUGUUGCCCACAUUGCAAAAGAUUUUUUCGAAAGAGAAGAUUCUUCUUCUUUGUGCUGAUGUCACAACAUCGAGUGAGGAGGCAAAAGCCCUUGUAAACAAAAUACAGAAUGCGAUCAAGCCGUCAAAGACAUAA